AUAAAUAUUAAUUUAUCAAUUAAAUAUAGCACAAAUAAUCAACACAAGUAAGCUAAACUCAUUCACUGAACUUCCCGUACCUCACCUUCUCCGUCGCCGGUUUCUCCGCCGAAGGUCAUAUAAAAUGUUUUUGAAAUCUCAAUUAUCAUGGAAUGUGAUAAUCCCUGCUGAGAACCUUGACGUUGAAGGUUUAAUGCUUCAGAAGGCAAUUGUUAUUCGCCUCCUGGAUGACUUCGCUUCGAAGAAGGCGUCCAAAAGUCUUGGUUACUUUAUGGCUGUUACUACAUUGGAGAGGAUUGGGGAAGGGAAAGUUCGAGAACACACUGGUGAUGUGCUUUUCCCUGUCGAGUUCAGCUGCAUUACCUUCAAGAUAUUCCGUGGAGAGAUUUUAGAUGGGGUUGUUGAAAAGAUCUUGAAGCAUGGUGUCUUCUUGAGAUGUGGCCCCACAGACAAGGUAUAUCUCUCUCAUCAGAAGAUGGCUGACUACAAGUAUGUGCCUGGAGAAAAUCCCAUCUUUAUGAAUGAGAAGAUGUCCAGAAUUGAGAAAGACACUGUGGUGCGUUUCAUCGUGGUUGGAGCAAGGUAUGUGGAGGCGGAGAAGGAAUUCCAAGCUGUUGUGAGCUUGGAGGGUGAUUACCUCGGACCCAUCUCACAAAAUGCUGUUUAGAUUUCGGUUAAUCACCACCGUUGGUUCAUUUCAGACAUAGACCAGUGAUAUGUGAAGCUAACUUCUGUAGCUAUAUCUGUAUUUAGUACUGUUUUGACUUUUUCUUUUGUUAUUGCUGACCCUCUGUUUAGUGUCUUUGGUUCCUUGAGCCCUUUUGUUAAGGUGAUAAACCUUUCCAACAAAAUACCUUUCUGAAGUGUCUAGUUCUCUUGACUGAUUUCUCUCUAUGUGAACUCAUUUAUUAUGUGUUGAAAAUGUUAUGAUCAGUCGUUCAAUGAUAGAAAUUUUGGUGCAUGGUG